GGGGUUUAAAAUUUGGUUUCAAUUGGGUACAGUGACAUUAUAUUUUAAAACAAGUUAUAUAUAUCUGGUAAUUCAUUUAUAAACAAACCUAGAAACCAAGCUAAAAAUAACAAUUGUUGUAAAUUAAUACUUUAUUAAAAACUAACUUGGCUAUGAAGCUUUUUUUAAACACAUUAACAAAAUUAGAACAUAUAUAAAUUAUUUUGUUGCCACAGAUUCAACGAUGGGAUCAUUUGUUCUCCGUAAUUUGUUUUUAUUCAAUUUUAUUUUAAUCUGCACGAAGGCAGAAUGGUUUUCUUCGCUUGGUCAGAUGGAAGAUUUGGUAUAUGACGAGUUAGACCUCAUUACUUCAUUGAAAGAAUAUAUUAAAGCUGAAGAAGCUAAACUGGAUAAUAUUAAGAAAAUAGCGGAAAGGUUUCAACAUAUAUCGGAAAAUGCGAGAAGUAACAUGGAUAAAUAUCUCGGACAUCCUGUCAAUCAAUAUCGACUCGUUAGAAGGUUGGCCACCGAGUGGGCAGAUAUGGAGGAUAUUGUUAACGAAAAUGUUGCCGAAGUGUUUCUUACCAACUUAACACAGAAACAAUCACAUUUUCCUGGUGAGGAAGAUGUUAAAGGAACAGCUGAAGCAAUCAUGAGGUUACAAGACACGUAUCGUCUCGAUACACAUGAUGUUGCACGUGGUAUAAUAAAAGGUUUGCAGUCGAACCAAUCCCUCACAGCAGACGAUUGUUUCCACAUCGGUCGAACUGCUUAUCUUGAAAGAGAUUUCUACCAUUGUAGGUUAUGGAUGAAUGAAGUUCUCAACCAUCAAGAAAAUGGAUUGACUUAUUCAAGAUUUGAUGUCUUGGACCAUUUGUCAUACUGUACAGCUCAAGGCGGUAACAUACAGAAGGCUUAUGAGAUAACAAAAGAAAUGCUCCAGAUUGAUCCAUCAUUGGAUAGAAUACGAGGCAACCAUGAACAUUACAGGCAACUCCUUGGUGAGCGUAAACGAGGAGACGAUGGAGAUGUUGAAGAAUUUCAACAAUCCAAGCAACAAGCUGAAUAUCCAUCAACACCUGAGAGAGUGGAUUAUGAGAGGUUGUGUAGAGGGGAGGGAAUUCAUAUUGUGAGUUAG